GUCAGUUCCCCCAUUCGCAGUGAGCGAAACAAACAUGGCGAUAGACUCGAGUGGACGAGGGUUUACUCUAACUUUAUUCGUAUUUUCUUGUGUUUUAGCGGGCAGCCAGACUGAAGCGGUGGGUCCAGAGUCGAGGGGCGCCACUCGGAUACUUGGCAUGAGGCUGGAGAAGAGCGACACGCCGGCAGCCACUACCGAGAAAGGAGUUAUUCAGGUGACCGAGGGCAGCGACAUCCUCUUCAGGUUCUACGGGAUCCACUUGCUACCGAACAGUUCGGGUCUGGUCCGGUUUAUGGAACUGUACUCCAGUGAUAAAGAGGAUGAUAACCUGGGCGCAGUCGAGGUCCACAACAGGACUUGUCCAGAACACACUAAGGAUAUAGUAGUUAAGGGAGACAUGACCGUCAGUAACCAAAACACCACCGGGGUGGUCCAGCUCCUGAUCAAACAGCUCCGUAAGAACGAGAUGGUGAAGGUGUUCGGGUUGUGUGUCCGCGAGAGCCUCGAGGAGGAGAAGUGGCACCUGCUGGACGAGAAGGACGGCAAACUGCGGGUAGUGGAGGAGAAGAAGUCCCUGCUGCCCAUCUGGCUGCAGGUGAUCCUCAUCUCCUUCCUGUUGGUGCUGUCCGGUAUGUUCAGUGGGCUGAACCUGGGGCUGAUGGCGCUGGAUCCCAUGGAGCUCCGCAUCGUGCAGAGCUGCGGAACCGAGAAGGAGAAGAAAUACGCGCGGAAGAUUGAGCCCAUCCGCAGGAAGGGUAACUAUCUCCUCUGCUCCUUACUCCUCGGCAACGUCCUGGUCAACACCACCCUCACCAUCCUCCUGGAUGACCUCAUAGGCUCAGGUCUGGGUGCUGUGGUCGCCUCCACCAUCGGCAUCGUCAUCUUCGGUGAGAUCGUCCCGCAGGCGUUGUGCUCUCGCCACGGUCUGGCAGUCGGAGCCAACACCAUCCUGCUCACUAAGUUGUUUAUGCUUUUAACUUUCCCUCUGUCCUGGCCCAUCAGCAAGAUCCUGGACUGCGUUCUGGGCCAGGAGAUCGGCACAGUGUACAACCGGGAGAAGCUGGUGGAGAUGCUGAAAGUUACUGAACCGUACAACGACUUAGUGAAAGAGGAGCUCAACAUGAUCCAAGGCGCGCUGGAGCUCAGGACCAAAACAGUAGAGGAUGUCAUGACACCAAUCAGCAACUGCUUUAUGAUCCACAGCGAUGCCGUGCUGGACUUUAACACCAUGUCCGAGAUCAUGGAGAGCGGAUACACCAGAAUACCGGUCUACGAGGACGAGCGGUCCAACAUAGUGGACAUCCUGUUUGUCAAGGACCUGGCUUUUGUCGACCCGGAUGACAACACCACCCUGAAGACCAUCACCAAGUUCUAUAACCAUCCGGUCCACUUCGUCUUCCAUGACACUAAGCUGGACUCCAUGCUGGAGGAGUUCAAGAAAGGCAAAUCCCAUCUGGCCAUUGUCCAGAAGGUGAACAAUGAAGGGGAGGGCGACCCCUUCUACGAAGUGUUGGGUUUAGUCACCCUUGAAGACGUGAUUGAAGAGAUAAUCAAAUCAGAGAUUCUGGAUGAAUCAGACCUUUACACUGAUAAUCGCACCAGGAAAAAAGUGGCACCCAAUAAGAAUAAGAGAGACUUCUCUGCAUUCAAACAUGAGAGUGAAUCUAAAGUCAAGAUCUCUCCUCAGCUUCUUCUGGCUGCUCAUCGCUUCCUGGCAACAGAAGUGAGUUUGUUCCAUCCAUCGCAGAUCUCAGAUAAGGUGCUACUCCGAAUUCUGCGUCAUCCCGACGUGAUCCAGGAGAUCAAGUUCAACGAGAGCGACAAGCGCUCGCAUCACCAUUACGUCUACCAGCGGGGCAAGCCUGUCGACUAUUUUGUACUCAUCCUGCAGGGGCGAGUGGAGGUUGAGGCCGGAAAUGAAAACAUGAAGUUUGAGACUGGACCUUUCUCUUAUUAUGGCGUCAUGGCUCUGAGUGCUCCUACGCUGGAGUUUCGUUCACCGUCCCACCUCAGUGGGUUGAACCGUACAGCCUCCUUAAGUGGAGCCGAUAGGACCGAGUCUCUGUCCGUCAGCGGCAGCAACAGCCAGCUCAACAACAGCAUCCCCUUGCAGCAGUACAUACCUGACUUCUACGUCCGAGCACUCAGCGACCUGCAGUUUGUCAAGAUCACACGGGCCCAGUAUCAGAACGGCCUGAUGGCGUCUCGCCUCGACAGCACGCCCCAGUCCCCCGAGAGCGGCCACCACACCACCCACAUGGACCAGACCACUCCCCCUGCCACUGCCAACACCACUAUCACCGACCUGGGCGCGGACUCCACCCCGACGGAGAACGGGCCGGAUGAGACAACGCUCCUCCUCCUCAAUGAGCAGAACUCACCUCACAGCACAGCCAAUCACCACAGCCAAUUGGAAAACAGCAUUUGACCCCUCCCUCUCGGCCCUGCUUCUUUUGCACGCAUGCACUACUACGUUUGGAUCUGUGUGGGAGGGAAGGAGUAUAUGUGUGUAUCUAUGUGUGUGUGUGUGUGUGUGUGUGUGUAUGGGAGAGUGUGGGAAUGCAGACACAUGCCUUGGAGCAGCUGACAAGGCCCAAAGAGACAAAAGACAAGCCAUGUGCAGACGUGUUGUGUAACAUGCAACAAAACAUGCACACACAAAUAAACACACAGACAUGCCAAAGUAUAUUGGACUGACCGAUGUAAGACUCACCACAACCCAACACUAAUCAACAGUAGAUCAUUCACAAGUACCCAUUUGUGUAUAUGUGUGUAUGUAUGUAUGUAUGUAUGUGUGUGUGUUUGUGUAUGUGUGUGUACAUGCUCCUCAAUGUAUUACUGACAACAAACAUCCGUGGACCUGUUCGUCUGGACCAGAAAGCUCCUUUCCCUUUUGCCCCAGAAAACAGCAUCCAGAGGCUUCCUUCCCCCGUGCAUGUGUGUGCGCUUCCAGUUCUUUGUCCCUAAUCAAAAGACUCAGGGAGACCCCCCCAACCCCACCAAUACACGCCCCCCCCCCACCCUUCUUCCCUACUGUACUCUGACUUUUCGUACCAAAACCAACUUGUCGCCGCAUGUGUAGCAACCUGCAUCCCCCUCCACACCCAUCUCAUUGGCUAGAAGACAAAGACGACCUGAGCAUGUCAGCGGAGUUUAAACAAAGAAAUAUUAUAGUAAUAUAUGUUCCGUAGAAAUUUAUAGUCACAGAGACUGGUAUUUAUUGAUAAAUGGUGUGUGUUAAUUGAAGUCAGACACACGAGGCUCCUUGUGGGGUGGAUAUCUGUAAUUCUUCCCUUGUUGGUUCCUGAAUAGAAGCAAAGCCUUUAUCCAAGCUGUAAAGAGAUUUAGCACCGAUAGGCAGUCAGUCUGUAUUGUGAUUAAGACAAUCAAUAUGAAUGUGUUGAUGAAAACGUGUAGGGUACCUAAACUGUGGCUGCCCCUCCCUCAGAUAUCCUCCUCUUAGAAAACCUAUUAUUGCCCCAUUGCCUCACUUAUAAGACUGUACUUCAGUGUGGCAGAAAAAUCCAGAUCAGCGGGAUGAAGCCUCAAAGGGACAUGUCCUUUCCUGUGUUAUAAUGGAGGGUUGGGUGCCUGUGUGUGUAAGUGUGUAUUUGUGUGUAUGCGACCAAAAUGGCCAUCACCAGAAUUGGUGGGAACACAAACCAAAAGAGGGAGUUUUGUUCACCUCAUGACUAGAAAAUACUUUAAGAAAUCUGAGAUGUUAUUUAUUGUGCGUAUAGUUCUGUGUGUGUGUGUAUGUGUGCAUGUAUAUAUUUCUGUCGACAGGAGGAUGAGAAAUGUGAUUUUAUUUUUCCUCACUGUGAGAUUUUACAUGUUAUAUGUUCAGUUCAGUUAAUUUAAACAUUUCUUGUGUCUUUUUUUUUUUUUUCAGCCAAACACACACCGCUCAACCCUGACACAAACAAGUUUUGUCAAAUUUAAUGAGAAGCAUUGUUGCAUCCUUUUAUAUUUCUCCAAUCUAGCCAUACACUCCGUUUCAGUUUUACUGUAAAACUUAAGAUGUGCUUUGAUUUUAGAAGAAGAAUCUGCCAGGCACAAACACAGCUACAAGCAGUGUGAUUUAUUUUUUUCUGGGCCAAAUAACCUGUACUUUUUAUAUCUAUAUUUCUUGCCGUGGUGUUAAAUAGACUUUACUCUCUAAUAUACAGCCUGAGCACAUCUCUGCAUUUCCUUUAAUACCAUUACUUUUCUCAGACAAACCACAUCAGCAACUCUGAUAUGUCAAUGAAAGAACACUGUGAAAAAUCAUGAAAGUAAAACUACUGAAGCACUGUUUUGGUUUUAGUCAGUGAUGAGGUCAGUUUAUAAUGUGUUCCAUCUUCUCGCUGGCUUUAAACAUUAACUACAAACUGAAAACAAACUUUCCAAAACUAAAAAGAGGAUACAUGAAACAUCUUAAUCUCCCCUUUUAGUAGCAUGACAGCAGAUCUUUUUUCUUUGUUGUCAGAUGAACUGGAAGCUUCCUGUUCUGAAUUUCAAGGAAUUUAACUUAAAGACAGCUGUGGUUUCAGAGUCAUCACAAGUGUCAGUGUCACAAGUGUUGGAAAAUACUGAGAAAGUUUCUGUUGUGUACUGUAAGAGUAUUUUUGAAGUACAGUAGCACAUAUCAGAUUGAUCCGUCGGAAAUAUUCCGAGUGUUCAUGAACUUCAUUUACUUACAUUUCAGCUGAUGAUUCUGGCCAUUCAUUAGUACUGGUUGUCAUGGAUACUACAUGUGUUUUCCUUAACUGUACAUCUUUGUCAUGUGUUUCAGUUUGAGACAACUUUUUGCCAAAGAUAGAAGCGGUGAUACUGAAAGGGUUAACCUUUGUUGUGGCAUGGACUCGUGGCAGGAUGGUACAUCAUGGGUCUGAGCUGUGCUGCUGUUUUGUCUUUAAACGGUAUGCCGUGAUUUUUUUUUUUUUCCGUAAUUUCCAUGUUGCCACUUAACACGACUUAAUUUUAACAUCCACUCAUGGUCAUUUUGUACAACCUGGAAUUCAUCUGACGUUUCAGACACCACGGUGCACACUAUCACUCUUCAGCUCAAGUCUCAUCUCUGAUUUCCUCUGUAAAACUGUGGCUCUGUUGCUAGUGCUAGGACCCAAUUUUCACAAUUCCAACUACAAUAUGUCUGUGUGGAGCGCACGACACUAAAAUCACAGAAGAGUGGGUUUCAGUAAAUUUAGUAGUUCAGUUAAAAACAUCUGCGAACUGAGACAAACUUUUAAAAAAAAUGUUAGGAUUUUUAUCCUUAAAUAUUAUAGGAUCCCUACUUUUACAUAUAACGUCAGGGUAUAUGACUAGUUUAAGGAUUGUUUAUUUGUAGGUUCUCUCAUACAGGAUUUUUUUCAUAAAAGCUAAAGCAUAUUGCACCACUGAAAAACUAGAGGACUGUAAUUAUAAGAUAAGAUGAUUAUUAUGAGGCAUUCCAAAAGUACAUUACGUGUUAUUAAACAGGCCAAAAGUUGUGUUGUGUGAAGAUAAGUGACUGAUGGCAAACAUUUUUACAUUUCAGGAAAUAAACAUGCAUCCGUCAAAUCCUAUAGAAAAUAUGGUCCUGGACAAAUGGAGGGAAAAAAAGUCAUAUUUUGGACACUACAGUUUAGAUACCCAGUGGAUAGUAAUUACAGGAUAUACUGUCUUUAAACACUAACUACAUAUUUUAAUCUUUGUGAAAAUAAAGCUACAUAUUAAAGAAUAGUUUUUCCAAGUCCAAUGAAAUUAAAUAGUAAGAGAAAACUCCAGUGAGUAAACAAAUGACAAAAAGAGGAAAGUGGCAUUUAAUAAAAAUAAAACUUAUUUUAUAAUUAAACAAUUAUGAGGUACACACAAGACACUGAAAUGCCAUUUUUUGUUUGCUUCAGUCAUAGAUAUUCAUCUUUUUAGUGUGAUGGGGAAAAUAAAGGGAUUAUAAAAAAAAAAAAGCAUGAAUUUGGUGCUAAAAAACUGAGGAAAGGAAAUCUAGCAUUGUCUAAUUUGGGGAAAUGAAUCUUUAUGACAUCAAGUAAACUUUUAAAUGCAUGAGUGUCUUGUUAUAUUCAAUGAAGGGAUCAGUUAAGAGGAGGAAACAUACUAGAAAAAAGGGGUUUAAAUGUUACUGUGGGUAGCUGAUUAUUGUUUUGAGGGUGAGAUUACUCCUGCACACACUCUGUGGGCUUGUAAGAAAUAUUGGUUUGGAUAAUUAUGAAGUCAUGAUCUCACUGUCAAUUGUGGGAAUUCAGAAAAUUAGAACAGCUCAGACUCUCCCGUGGUUAAAACUAAAAGCACUUUAGCAAGGAAAGCAGUAUUUUUCCAAAAGCCAAACAUUUGCCAAAAUUUCCAGUUGUGUUGAAAUACUGUUACUGACCAGGAUUUCGUAAUCAUUGCCUCGCUGUCCUUAUCAUGACACUGCGUUUUUGUCCCCGUCAUGUGUCCGCAGAUGAAAAAGGAAACUGUCUCACCGUAAUGCUGCCUUCAUAAUCUUUAAGUAACUGUACUGGACGACUUCUUUCAUUUUUUUGUGCUCAUUCCUGAUUUUCCUUUUUUUUUUUUUUGACAAAACACACACACACUCCCAUUUCAAAUGACGUUUGUCAGUUUUUAUCAAAUGGAUGAAAUUGCUAUCAUCAUGUUAAGUUUUUUUUUUUUUUUUUGUUCAUACGUGUGCCUGUGUACAUGUUGAGGUAAAAUACCCUCCACUUGUGUGAAAGUACAGGGUUUGGGUUCGUUAAAUGUGUGUGUUUGCGUGUGUGAAUGAGUGCUUGUAAAUCGAGUCUGGUUAUUUUUUGUACCUCAGAACACUGUCAAUAAUCGUGAUAAACAAUCUUUUUUUUUUUUUUUUUUUUUUUUUAAUUGUCAUUGAAUUUAAUUUGGUAAUAGAGUGAAUGGAGCAACUGGCGUGGGGAAAAAAAAUAAAGUGAUUGUCCUUUAUUCUCUCUGGCAUGCUUUAACUUAAACAAUUCAGAGAAGCAAGGUGUAAAUACUGUUUUAUAAUUUCUGUCUUAAUGAGUUUUGAAGAUGAAGAAAAUUAUUAAUAAACCUGAGAUAUAUUUCUCUAUUGAAA